CAGGCGGAUCGAUAGAUGAAGCGGAAUAGUGGUGGGAGGACAAGUGCAGAUGGCCGCAGAUGCUGGUGAGAACCAGGUAGCUGGCGGUUGAAAGUAGGCAGCAGAGGCGGCAGAGCAGAGAAGGAUGGCGAGUGACGGACAAGGCAAUCAGACACGAUCCCAGCUGGCGCAGCAGAACAAAUAUGGCGCGCAAAGCAAGCCGCUCGUCGGGGUGAUUGCGGAACCGACGUGGACGAGAGGAAAUGACUAACCUGCAGAUGAUGGUUGCUGGGCUGGUUUGGACAAUAAGAGUGCCCUGGCGAGAGGCGACGACAGAGGCGAGAGGAGGGCGGGGGGAAGGGAGGAGAAGAGGCGGGAGGAAGAUGGGAGGAGAGGGUGCAAGGCAAGAGGGUGGGUGGUGACUCGGGCGUGGGUGGGUGUGCGUGGAAGAAAAAGAAGUGGUGGUGGUGGUGGUGAUGGUGGGAGAGUGCGGCAAGCGUGCAGGCGAAGAGCUCUCUCUCUAGGCACGGCCAGUUGACAAAGUCAGGACUGUGACAAGGACGCAACUGCAGAGAGAGGGUGUCGACAGCGGGCAGAGGACAGCGACGAGGUCGAAGGUUCACCGAGCUGGCGGGUGAAUUUUCGAGGUCGUGUGUGUGGGCACGCCGGGAGUGGAUUGGGAGCGGAGUGGGUAGUAGCAGCAAGAGAGGGGAGAAGCAAUCAUGUAUGCAAAGAAAAUUUAAGACUCUAACAUGACCCGCCCGCUUGUCGGCCGCCUGCUAAGGACUACUGCCUUGCUCUGCCCUACCCUACCCUACCCUAACGUAACCCCCCCUACGCGCGAACCGCCGCACAAUGAAAAUUGCCUGCCUGGAGCAUCACUACAUACUGCCUGUCUGCCUGGCACCUCGUCGGCCAUGAUCCAAAACGGCAGUUGGCUAACAAUUGCCUAUCCCCCCCCCGUCGCCCUCGGCCAUGACCUUUCAUUUCCCACCCAGCCGAGUAUAAGUACUUUUUUGUGACCAUAUCUACUUGAGUUUCACUGGGGAGGAGAGGAGGGGGGAGCUGAACCAUCGAUAUAUGCUUUCCAUUCUACACACACCAAAAAAAAAUGAAGAGUCCGCAGCCAUAAACCCAGCAGUGGCCGACUGUCAUCAUAUCAUCUGAGACGCGCCCAUCCUACCUGUCCAUGUACCGUGGACUGCUUCCAGCACGGUUCGCCCGUCGAUAUUGUCCCUCGUCUCCAAGGCGGGCCAUUGAGACUUAAUCAGUUAUUCUUCCUUCGCUACGCAUGCUAUUCGACUUGCAUUCCCACCCCUGCGCUCGGAAGAGACGGACUGCAGUCCAUCACCAUCCCGGUCCCUGCCGAGCAUGUGCAAAUGAUCAAC